CAAAAAAGUUUGGUUUGCACGUGUAUACAUUCUAAUGUUAUUGCUUUAGGUGACGAAACAAAAUAAAACGCAGCAAUUUUUACGGUAAAAAAAAGACGACAAAGAAAAAUUGAUUGAAAAUGGGUCGCCAAAAAUUGGGCAUUGGUUUGAGUAAAGAGGAGCGUAUGUUGAUGGUGAUCGGUGAGAUAAUUCAAGAAUUGAUCCAAGCGCAUGAAAAACAAAAAAAUGUUGAUUUAAAUCGUAUGAAAUCGCGAAUAUCAUCGAAAUAUGGUUUGGACACAUCGCCACGUCUAGUCGAUAUUAUUGCUGCGGUGCCAACCGAAGCUAAGCAUUUUUUGUUGCCAAAAUUGCGUGCCAAGCCAAUUCGAACGGCAAGCGGUAUAGCGGUCGUCGCUGUUAUGUGCAAACCACAUCGGUGUCCACACAUCAAUAUGACAGGAAAUAUUUGCGUCUAUUGUCCCGGCGGUCCAGACAGUGAUUUUGAAUAUUCAACACAAAGUUAUACGGGCUAUGAGCCGACAAGUAUGCGUGCGAUUCGUGCACGAUACCAUCCAUUUUUACAGACAAGACAUCGAGUGGAACAGCUACAACAGCUCGGUCAUUCCGUCGAUAAAGUGGAAUUCAUUGUGAUGGGCGGCACAUUUAUGUGUUUAUCAGAAGAGUACCGUGACUAUUUUAUUCGAAAUUUGCACGAUGCACUGUCGGGACAUUCGAGUUCAAGUGUGGCUGAAGCGGUCAAAUACUCGGAGAAAUCACGAACCAAAUGCAUUGGCAUCACAAUCGAAACUCGACCCGAUUAUUGUUUGAAACGGCACAUUUCUGAUAUGCUUUCGUAUGGAUGCACACGAUUGGAGGUUGGCGUUCAGUCGGUUUAUGAAGAUGUUGCACGAGACACAAAUCGAGGCCAUACCGUUCGAGCGGUUUGUGAAAGUUUUCACUUUUCAAAGGAUGCCGGCUUUAAAAUUGUCGCACAUAUGAUGCCAGAUUUACCGAAUGUGGACUUUGAACGGGAUAUUGAACAGUUUAUUGAAUUCUUUGAAAAUCCCGCAUUCCGUGCGGACGGCCUUAAAAUCUAUCCAACACUUGUAAUUCGAGGCACCGGUCUGUAUGAACUUUGGAAAACUGGCCGAUACAAGAGUUAUCCACCAUCACAAUUGAUUGAUUUGGUGGCAAAAAUUUUGGCAUUAGUGCCGCCAUGGACCAGAGUCUAUCGAGUGCAACGUGAUAUUCCAAUGCCAUUGGUCAGUUCGGGUGUUGAACAUGGAAAUUUGAGAGAGUUAGCUUUGGCACGAAUGAAAGACUUGGGCACUGACUGCCGUGACGUUCGAACACGUGAAGUUGGUAUAGUUGAAAUCCACAGUAAAGUGCGUCCGUAUCAAAUUGAAUUGAUUCGUCGUGACUACGUUGGAAAUGGUGGUUGGGAAACAUUUUUAUCCUACGAAGAUCCGGAACAAGACAUUUUGGUUGGAUUGCUUCGAUUGCGAAAAUGUUCGUCCGAAACAUUUCGACCGGAACUUAAGGGUCGAUGUUCCAUCGUUCGCGAGUUGCACGUUUAUGGUUCGGUCGUACCAGUCAAUGCUAGAGACCCAACUAAAUUCCAACAUCAAGGUUUCGGUAUGCUAUUAAUGGAAGAAGCAGAACGAAUUUCUCGUGAAGAGCACGGUAGCACUAAAUUGGCUGUAAUCUCUGGUGUUGGUACUCGAAAUUAUUAUCGUAAAAUGGGAUAUGAACUGGAUGGUCCAUACAUGUCAAAAUCAAUUUAAGUAAAAAUAAGAAAACGUUUUGUUUCUGAAUUUGAAAUCACUUUCUAUUUCAAAUUUAUAUAAUAUGUACUUUUUUUUGCUUAACUAUCUACACAUUUU